CCGGAAGUUAGCAGUUUUGAGGGGGUUUGCACAUCACCUUUUAUUUUCAUAGACAUGCCCUUGAAUAUCUUGUCGUUCUUGCUUUUGUGACGAGUAUCAUUACAGUCUUCAACGUAUAUUAGGUCAACAGUCACAGCGCCACCAUGGGGUUUCUACUGUCUAAAUCCAUGGAUGCAAACUUUAAAAAGCAGCAAGAAUUCAUGCUCCACAAUGCACGGCUGCAGAUGGAGCGUCAGAUGCUGAUGCAGAACCAGAUGAGAGAGAGACAGAUGGCUAUGCAGGUUGCCUGGUCCAGAGAGUUGUUCAAAUACUUUGGGGCUUUCUACACAGUGGCUACAGUUGGACUAACUGUAGGUGCCAUUAAAAGAAGGAAACUGUUCCUAUUGGCUCCCAUCGUCCCGCUCAGCUUCAUCUUUGCCUACCAGAUGGACAGCGCCUAUGGGACACUUAUUUAUCGUGUGAGAGGAGAAGCGGAGAGUAUCAUGACGUCUGACCAUGACCGCCUGGACUUGCCUCAUGGGACUCCAACUUUCGAAAGCGUAGAGAAAGCUCGCCGCGCUAGAAGCAGCCUCGUCUCCUUCAUGGAGAAAUGACGUGUCGGUCAUUUCCGACAAAAUCAUAAUCGUCCAGCCGAUGCAUUCACCCAUUCUGCUUUUGCUUACAGCAACCUGUCAAAUACCAACUGCCCUUUUGACAUUAUUGAGUCUAUGGUUUGCACUAAUUCUAUGUCAUGGACCUUAAAUCAAAAAUAAUCUUUUUAAUUUGGCUGUUUUUGUGGUUUAUGUUAUAAGAGGUGUAUGAGUAGCCAAACACAAUACUUUAGGUAGUAAUACACUUUCAGAAAUGUAUAUCAUGUAAUACAUCUGUAGCAUGAAUAUUUGCAUCAAUUACAGCCAUUGUAACAUAAUUAACAAUAUUACUGAGACUACAGCUGUGUCCCAAAUCCAGACAUCAUACUCAUUCUAUACAGUAUGUACUACAUACUAAUCUAACUCCUUUUACCAGUUAGUGUACAAACAUAUCAACAUACCAUAUUAUAUUAACGGGGAAAUAUCACAAUGUGUGUGACUUUGCUUUGUCAAUUAAACUUUGAACCUCACAAAGAGACUUUAAAAUGUUUAGUAUUAAAAGAUUUAACACUUAUCUUUUUGUAUUGCAUUGUGGGACAAUAGCGUGCAUCACCACACUCUAUAACCGACCAUAUUUAGUUUGCAUGCGGUCGGGUUUGACUUUCUUUUGUCACUUUUCCAGUCUGAACACACCACAAACUAAAGAGCCGCUUAGCCUCAGUGUGAUUUGUGGAUUUGGGACACGGCGUACGUCUCAACAAGUCGUGUUUAUGCUUGUUCUUAUUUAAAGCUACAUUCUGUGAUUUUUGACCACUAGAGGGCAGAAAGAUUUUCAAACAUACACAGUAAUGCUUUCAAAGUCUCAUGUCACCUCCCACAUGGCUGAUGUUUUAGUUAACAGCUGCCUACUUGAACAUCGGGCAGACGCAAAACAACAAAACUAUCUCUUGUUGUAUUUGUUCUUGCCACCUGACGAGGAGAAAUGCAUAAUUCACGUUUUACAAGCUUUAGUUUGUUUCACACAUUUGUUUUCACAUGUUAGAUUAUUUCUGAUAUUGGGCUUAAUAAAUACAAUUAUAUUUAUUGAUGUUGAAGGACUGGACAAUCAAAGCAUCUACAGAGUGAUACAAAUGUGUUAAAAUAAUCAACUCUGCUGACAUUUGUCCUAAAAGCAGAAGAUUGUUAUUACACCAAACUAUCACUAAAACCCAGAGAUUUUAUUUGCCAAGUUCAAAUGUGAGUGCUAAGCAGCUUUACAACAAAACUUUACCAUUCGUGCAUCUGUAACUUUAAUGCUUAUUACCACAGUUUGUAUUCAUUGGAUGUAAAAUAUUACAAGGUGCUGAUAUUUAUGCAUUUCCCUCGGGAUAAAUAAAGUAUCUAACUAUC